AUGGCGGCGCACAUAUGCACAAGAUUUUGUAUAAAUAAAUUCCGAGAAUCUAUUACAUUUAUUCAGCGAAGGCAUCGAGUUAAAGCAAAAUGGGCAGCUACAAGGCCCAAGUUUCCUGCCACUGAUCUUGCUCUGCAAAACUUCGAUACAACAUAUAACAUGCAAUUAGGGGACCUAUGGCCGUCUGUUCGAGUGGCCAUGCUGUCUGAACAAAAGUAUGGAGCACUGAUAAACAACUUCUCUUCAACAACUAAUGUAAUCUCAGGCUUGGAAGCCCAAGGAUGCAGAGACUUCAUCAAUGUUGAUUGUUCCAGGAAUGAGGCACAUCAACAUUCACAGGACAUAUUAAAACCUGCUGAUCUUCAACCUAGUAUAAAUCCUGAUAUCAAAUGUCUUGUUUUUCCACAAGGAGACAUAUCUCGAUUCAAACCUGCUAGACCAGACAGCAGUGGCUUACUAGGAUAUUAUCUCCUGGAUGCUGCCUCAGUACUACCUGUGCUAGCUUUGGAUGUUCAGCCAGGACAGACAGUUCUGGACCUGUGUGCUGCUCCUGGAGGAAAGACUCUUGCUCUCCUGCAGACACAUACAGUCAAUUUUCUGUGGGCAAACGAUUUAUCAGGUUCUCGCACUGCACGGCUACGCAGGACUCUGAAGAGCUACCUGCCCAAAGAGUUCCUGGAGGAAGACAAAAUCCACGUCACUUCCAUUGAUGGUCGGAAAUUAGGCCUGACAGAGGAAAAAAGCUUUGACAGAGUCCUUGUAGAUGUUCCCUGCACUACAGACAGACACUCUGUAAUGGUGGAAGAGAACAAUUUAUUUAAGGGAUCCAGGACAAAAGAGAGACAGCAACUUCCCCUCUUGCAAACACAGCUUCUUGUGGCUGGGAUCCAGGCCACGCGGAAGGGUGGAGACAUAGUGUACUCGACGUGUUCCCUGUCCCAGCUGCAGAAUGAGUGUGUGGUGCAGCAGGCCAUAAGUCUCGCUCUAGAGGAUCUGGGAAUCACAGUGCAGGUUCAGGACCUCGGAUGGUUCACUCAACGCUUUUUUGAUUCUUUCCACUUUGCUUCACAUUUAAAUGUCGGGGAACUGGUUUUACCACAUUUAUGUGCAAACUUUGGACCAAUUUAUAUGUGUAAAUUACGACGAAUGAGUUAGCUAGAUUUUCAAAUAUUGUUAGACCACAGCUAAAAGAAUAGUUCAUCCAAAAAUGAAAAUUCUCUCAUAAUUUACUCACUCAUGCUAUCCCAAAUGUACAGUAUAUGACUUUCUUGAAGACUAUUUUGGCUCUGUUGGUCCUCACAAUGCAAGUGAACGGUGACCAGAUCUCAGAAGGUCCAAAAAACUCAUAAAGGGCAGCAUAAAAGUAAUCCAUAAGACUUCAGUGGUUAAAUACAUUUCUGCAGAAGUGAUAUGAUUGGUGUGGGUGAGAAACAUCAAUAUUUAAGUUUCUUUUUUUAAUACUAUAAAUCUCCACUUUCACUUUCUCAUUCUUUUGUUUUUGGCGAUUCACAUUCAUCUCCCAUAUUGCCACCCAGUGGGCAGGAAGGAGAAUUUAUAGGAAAAAAGUAUAUAAAUAAAUAUUGACAUUUUUCUUGACCACACCUAUCAUAAUGCUUCAAAAGACAUGGUUUAAACCACUGGAGUCUUAUGGAUUACUUUUAUGAUGCCUUCAUAUGCUUUUUGGAGCUUCAAAGUUCGAGCCACCAUUCUUUUGCAUUGUAUGGACUAACAGAGCUGAAAUAUUCUUCUAAAAAUAUUAAAAUUGUUUUCUGUAGAACAUAAAAAGUCAGACAAAUCUGGGAUGGCAUGAGGCACGAAGUAAAUGAUGCAAGAAUUUUUGGGUGAACUAUUACUUGAAGUGGAGCUCUUGAAUUUCACAAAAGUUGUGGCAAGGAUGCCCUCUAGAGACUAAACAUGGAACUUCAAAAUUUGUGUGUGAAGUGUUUUGCUCUGUUACUCAGUAUUUAACAAGGAAAGUUUAACUGUCUCAGUAUAAUCAGGCCUGCUCAAGUUAUUCAAUGGUGUGAAUAUCGAGUGCUUCUAUAAAAAGGUCAAAAUGUUCAAGAUUUUUGUCAAAUGCACAUCCUUAUAGAGGAAGUGAACAGUAAUCACUGGUAGUCCCUUAACUAUUAAAUAUACAAUUUACAGUAAUGUAAAAAACAAUUUAAAAGA